GAUAUGUCAGACCUUACCCCAGAGGAGCAGUGGAGAAUUGAACAUGCACGCAUGCAUGCUAAGCAUCGUGGCCAUGAAGCCAUGCAUGCGGAAAUGAUCCUCAUCUUCAUCGCUACCUUGGUGGUGGCUCAGCUACUUCUGGUACAGUGGAAGCAGAGGCAUCCUCGCUCUUAUAAUAUGGUGACCCUCUUUCAGAUGUGGGUUGUUCCCCUCUAUUUCACAGUGAAGCUGCACUGGUGGAGGUUCCUAGUGAUCUGGAUCUUGUUUUCUACUGUCACAGCCUUUGUCACCUUCCGAGCCACCAGAAAACCUCUAGUACAGACCACCCCCAGGUUGGUUUAUAAAUGGUUCCUACUGAUCUAUAAAAUCAGCUACGCCAAUGGCAUUGUUGGCUACAUGGUUGUCAUGUUUACCCUCUUUGGUCUGAAUUUACUAUUCAAGAUCAAACCAGAAGAUGCCAUGGACUUUGGCAUUUCACUCCUCUUCUAUGGCCUUUACUAUGGAGUCCUGGAGCGGGACUUUGCCGAAAUGUGUGCAGACUACAUGGCAUCUACCAUUGGGUUCUACAGCGAGUCGGGCAUGCCCACCAAGCACCUGUCAGACAGCGUGUGUGCCGUGUGCGGGCAGCAGAUCUUUGUGGACGUCAGUGAAGAAGGCAUCAUUGAGAACACAUACAGGCUGUCCUGCAACCAUGUAUUCCACGAGUUCUGUAUCCGUGGCUGGUGCAUUGUGGGAAAGAAGCAGACAUGUCCCUACUGCAAAGAGAAGGUGGAUCUCAAGAGGAUGUUCAGCAACCCCAGCUGGGAGCGGCCUCAUGUCAUGUAUGGGCAGUUGCUGGAUUGGCUGCGUUACUUGGUGGCCUGGCAGCCUGUCAUCAUCGGCCUGGUCCAGGGCAUCAACUACAUCCUAGGUCUGGAGUAGCGGCACCGGAGCGCCCACCCACCCACCCACCACGGCCCUCGGGCACGUGCCUCCUGCCCUCCUGGUGGGCCAGACUCCUGGGACACUUGGGCCACUCAGAACCCACUCAGCUGUGUCUGGGCUGGGAAAGGUCUGGUGAAGAGCCUGGCCAUUGGGACUGUUAGCAGUGGAGACUUUUUAAAAGAAAACUAUUUUGAUGAAUAUAUUUAAAACUUUUUUAUUGUGGAGCAUAGGAAUUGUCUCCCUGCAGGAGCAGGGUGGGCUAGAGCCCCAGCAUUUUUGGUUUAAAGCCGUCUUCUCAUCUCCCCCUCCUUUCCUCUGGGCUUGAGCUGGUAUCCUGGAAGGGUAGAGGGGGUGGGCAGCCUCUAACCCACCAUAUGGAAUGGGGGGGGACUCUGCUUUCCCCCUCCAGUCCAAGAUCCUUAAGCUGCUUGAGAUAAGUGGCACCUUGGGAUUUUUUUUUUCCAACAAGCCCAGGGACCCCAGAACUCACUGGGGUCAGUAUGGCUUAGAUGACUACCCCUCUGCUGCUGGACUCUGCUGAGAGCAGAGCCAUGAUUGUUCAAAGCCGCUCCUUCUUCCACGGGAAGUGGUGAAGGUGCCAAAGGCCACACCAUCUACCUGGAAGCACACACACAUGUGUGGUGGUGCAUGUGCACAGAGGCGUGAUUGCCCUGAGGCAUCCCAUUAGCUGACCUUGAAGCUGGCAGGGUUCCCAUUCCAGGAAACAUCCCAGGCAGACAUGUGUCUGAGAAGGAGUUCCAGUUGGUUGCCAGGCCUGGUCCCGGGGUUUUGGGAUAAAGUGGGAGACACAUGUGAGCCUUCAGCUUCAGUAUCUUCGGGAGUCAGACUGGGACCCUCUUCAGGGCAGUAAGAACCAGAAAGAUCCUGUUACUUCGUUCUGAAUAAAGCUCCGUGAGCUGGGCUGGAAA